AAAAGAGAGUUCGCACUUGAAGCUUUGAGCAAUCGUUUGAGUUUUGAAGCAAAGAAUGGGGAGAGCUCCAUGCUGCGAGAAAAUGGGGUUGAAGAGAGGGCCAUGGACUCAUGAAGAAGAUCAAAUUCUCAUCAAUUACAUCAACAUUUAUGGCCAUUCUAAUUGGCGUGCUCUGCCCAAACUAGCUGGGCUGUUAAGGUGUGGAAAGAGCUGUAGACUUCGGUGGAUAAAUUAUCUGAGACCAGACAUCAAACGAGGCAACUUCACCCCAGAAGAAGAGGAUGCUAUAAUCAGUUUGCAUGAAAUGUUGGGAAACAGAUGGUCGGCUAUAGCUGCGAGAUUACCUGGUAGAACAGACAACGAGAUAAAAAACGUGUGGCACACCCACUUGAAGAAGAGGUUGCCACAAAAUUACCGACAAAGCCAAGAGCAACAACGAAGCAAAAAACAACCAAAGUUGGAUGGGGACGCUUCCAAAAUCAAUUACCAAGGCGUCAAACUAGACCAACAACAAGACCCCGUGAAUAACGUUCACGUUCAUGCAUCAACCAAAGAAGAUAAUAGCACAGAGGAAAUGCCACUUUCUCCUCCCCAAUGUUCUAGCGAUAUGUCUUCGCUCACCAAUAGUGACAACAAUAGCAGCAUUAAUAAUAGUAAUAAUAAUUGUGACAUGUCCUCGCAUGUUAAUGAUAUUGACACACCGGAGAACAAUCUUGCACUGGACGAGGAUUUCUGGUCGGAAGUAUUGUUAUCUGACGAUAGUUCCGGUGAGACAAGUGGAUUUCCGAGCAUUGAUUAUGGUCGAUUUGAACCAAUGUCUAGCGAAGAAGUAGGGGUGCUUAUAGAUGGUAGUUCGUCAAGUAUGAGCGAUGGCAUGGACUUUUGGUGCAACGUUUACGCCAGAGCUGAGGAAUUCAACCAGUUACUUGAAUUAUGAUGUUAGCUACAAACUACCAAAUCCUUUCAAUCGAUGGAAAGCAUACAUUUGUUUUGUUCUGUUGUUUGGACUUGAAUUAAUUGAUGUCUGUCCUAGUUAAUUCGUAGGUUACAAGAAAGAAAUCAGUAAUAAACUGUGUAUACAUUGAUGUUGUUAAGGCGCCUUAAUAAGCUUUUAACAUUUGUAGUAAAUAACAUUUUUGUAUCAUCCUUACAGAGGUUUAGAUA